CACUCACAUCCUCUCACUCAUUCACUGAAAGACCACUAACACAUCAAGCAAAGGGCAGGAAGAGCAAACCAAAGAUUCUCUUCAGAGAAAGAAUCAGAGUCUCUUCAAGAGAAGACAGAGAUCCCUCUGUGGGCGAUCAACCUUAGACUAACAGGUAGAAACACACAGGUUGAAGAUGCAGGUGUGCACAGUGCUGGAGAAGCGCAGCGGCUGUGUGGUCGGAGCUGAGCUGAGCUGCAGUGUGAGAGAAGAGAAUGUUUCCAAGAGAGAAAGCUACAGCGCCGACUGGCACAGCAUCAACAUGAAAACACAGCAUGAGGACCGCCAGUCCAUGGUGAUGUCAGAUGAUUCUCGGCGGGAGUCUAUGUCCCGUUACUGGCAGGCCCGCCCUCUCACCCAGUCCUGCCCAUCAGGCGUGCGAAGAGUAGGCACUCUGGAGUCGGGCGUCCGGGAGCACCAGCUGCUGCCCUUCAGAAACACCCUUCCCCUGCCCAUCUUCAAACCAGCUGAGCUAGGCGUCAGGCUGGGUCGCGGCACCCCCCACACCCCAGAGGACUUCAUCCCCACCUGCGCCCCCAGUGGAGCAUGCCCAGACAAGCGGGACAUCCAAGAGAUCACCAAAGAGCUGCCGCCUGUCAAACCCACCCGCAUGGAGUUCGCCAAAGCGCCUAGAACACUGGGCAGGUCCAUGUCCCAGGAGGCCCAGAGAGGGUGAAGAGGGAGGAUGACAGCAGGAAGAAAGAAGAGAAAGACAAGGAGCUGAGGCAAAGAAUAUAUGGACUUUUUUGAACUGUGAAAUGGUGUUAAGAAAAAGGGACUGCAAAUAUAGAUAGUAGACAAAAGCAGUAGAAGCUUUAACUGCUCCCUCCCUGUAGGAGACUGAUGCUGUUGUAAAUUAUUGCAAGUGAUUUUUUUAUAGAGGAUCUGAGCUGUAAAUAGUAUCUAUUGAUUAAAGAGAAACCUCUAGUCAGAUAGAAGCAAGUUGUAGGCUUCAGUUAAAGCUGUUUUUAAAUGUGAGAAAGAGAAUAAGAGGAAGAGAGGGGUACAGCAUGUUCUUGGGAAGACAAUGUUAGCGCAAACUAUAUAAAAGAGCUACAAAAUGCUGGAGGAUUAGUUCUUCCUGUUCUUUCAGUCUUCUGAAUGAUUUCAUGGUUUAUGAAAGCUGAAGUCUUUGUAUAGACAGUAUUGUUCUGGUUGGUUUGCAGUUGUAUGACAGUAUUCAGUAUAGAACAUAUCUUUAUACGGCAGUCUCUCCUGAGAGAGAGAGAGAGAGAGAGAGAGAGAGAGAGAGAGAGAGAGAGAGAGAGAGAGAGAGAGAGAGAGAGUAAUAAUCUAGAGUCUGUUCAGGGUUCAGAGAAAAGAAAUUGUUGACGUGAAUUUGUUAAAACGUGAAUUUGUUAAAAUGUAAUUGCAGUAUUUAGCAGCUGUUGAUUCACAUUCACUGGUUAAUAACUCAGAAAUAACUAACAAAACAUGAGUCUGAAACCAAUAGCGGUAUUGCACUGUUUUUGAACUGUUUAAUGUACUGAUUCCAUUAAUAAAUGACAUUAAAACAACA